CUUAAUUAAAAUGCAGUGCUUUCGCAUUUUGAAACUCUAUAUUUCAUUACUUGUUUUACUAAAUUUGGCGAGACGACGCGCGAAUAGUUCACAAAUUGUCAUUUAGCGUCAAGUACUUUUAUUCUGAAAAGGCAACCUGCAAUUUAGUUGCAAGUUUGCUUUUUCGUUGGAAGUUUUAUAACUUGGAAGUUUUAUAACUGGGAAUUUGAAACACAGAAUAUACGUUAGACACUCUAAUAUCUCCAAUGCAGAGUGUGAGAAUUAUUCCUGCGCUGAAAGGUCUCAGAUACUUUGCCACAACAACGAUGAGGCAAGCAGUGUCAGAGUUCCAGGUGACUGUCCCGUGGGGAGAGAUAAGAGGUCAGGUUUGGGGUCCCGCGCAUGGCCGUCCGGUGCUCUGCUUACAUGGUUGGGCUGACAACAGCGGGACUUUUAAUAGGCUCAUUCCACUUCUUCCAAAUGACUGGAGAUUUGUAGCCAUUGAUUUCCCGGGUCAUGGUCUGUCCUCUCAUAGGUCUGCUGGUUGUUUUUAUUCCUUCACUUUGUAUGUGGCAGACGUUCGGCGAGUUGUUGAAGCUCUUCAAUGGAAGCGAUUCUCAAUAAUUGGACAUAGUAUGGGUGGUAAUGUGGCAGGAAUGUUCAGUGCGUUGUAUCCAGAGAUGGUCGAAGCUUUAGUUCUUUUGGAUUCUUACGGAUUCUUCCCAACAAAACUGAAUUCCGUGAUGGAUUACAUAAAACAAGGAAUAAUUCAUCAAGUUGAAUAUGAUACAGAGUUGAAUGAACGGACAGAGAAGGUGUACACAUAUGAGAAAGCCAAAGAAAGGUUGAUGGUUGCGAACCCUUCUCUUUCUGAAGAGUCUACAGAGAUUCUUUUAGAGCGAGCCAUUCGGGAGGUUAAGGGAGGUGUGCUAUUCAACAGAGACUUCAGAAUAAACUUGAGAAACAUUGCGAUGGUUACACCGGAACAGUGUCUGUAUAUGCAGUCUUUAAUUCAAGCCAGAGUGAUGCUGUUAUUGGCAAGUGAGGGGAUGAAUAAACAUUUCUCUCCACCUGACGGAGAUGCCCUUCAGAAGGGUUGGAUGGAGCGGAAAAGCACCAUUGUAGAAGUCGAAGGGGACCAUCACGUUCAUCUCAACAAGCCGGAGAAAGUGGCCCCCGUAAUCACUGAUUUCCUCCAGUCCCACAGUCCUAAACAACAAGCCAAACUAUAACACAAAUUCAGGCACGCACAUCAGGAACAUUCAAACUAUUAUCUAAUUCUUCUCAUUUCUAUUCACUACAUGAAUUUUAUAUUGUCAUAUUGUUUUUGUAAAAUAUGAUGUAACAAAAUAACAGAUAUUCAUAUUCUAGAUCCACGUGACGGUUUUCUCUUAAGCUUCCAUUUUAACAAGAUGUUCAGUCACUGGUGAUAGAAGUGUAGAUGGUGUGCACCUGCACGCCUCGCAGAACUCUAAGUUUACUCUGUUUUGGUUAAAAUCUUUGUUUUAUUUUUGGUGUUAACAAAAAACUGUUGUCUUCCAUACGGACUAGUGUUAUGAAUGGAUACAAUUUUUUUGCGGAGAUCUUUCUCCAAGCGAGUUUGCUUCAUUUAGCACCAACAGAUUUGUGUUGGUUAUGUUUUGUUGCUUUGGUGUGUUAACCCUGUUGGUGUUUGUUGGGACAUUGUGAAAAGACAGUUAUGUUUUCCAAAGUUCAAGAGUGUGAUGAACAAGAUUACGAAAAAGUGCCUUUAACUUUUUAUGUUUUUCAGUGAAUGUGAAGGGUUAUGUUUUUUGUUAAAAUAUGUAAAAUAUUAAAAAACAUGACUAGCCAAAACUUUCGUUUGUUGAUGUAUU